AUGGCGGCCUCCCACCAGGACUCGGUGCUGGCUGCUUCAUGUAUCCGCACCCCCGUCAACCCCCGCACCCGAGCCCCCCUCACCCUGUACGAGAGGCAGGAGGAAGACAGGCUGCGGAUGUCCAAGGGGCAGCCGGGACUGGAUUAUCUUGACUCAUCUUCCGAUACCGAGGAAGAGCAAUCUUGCAGAAUGAUGACCCGCAAAGACUGGAUACUGGACAUCUCGAAAGUCCAUCACUCAGACAGAGAGUACUACAUGCAGCUUCAGAGAUUAAAACAUGCCCAUGUAGCCAACAUGGAGGAGCUGGAGAAGAUGUAUGACAAUAAGCUGCAUCUGCAUGGAGUCCAGGGCGCACAGCCUGCGGCUAAGACAGAUUACUGGUCAGACUUGGAGUUGGAGAAAUCUUCACAGCCUACUGAAUGCGAGUGCUGCUUUCUAAAGUACAAUGUCAGCUCUUCUGGCUUAUCAGAGUCAUCCGUGGAUGAUCUGUCUGAUGGAGAAGAUGACAGUGAUACAAAUGAUUCUGUAUCUGUCAGAGAGAGAAUUGGUCAAAUGUGGAAUGGAUUUACAGUCGAAGAUUAUAUCAAGAAAGCAGAUUAUGGGAAACAUAGGUCAAAUAAGUCUAACAGAAGUAAAUGUAAAGAAUGGUCGCACAGAGUGACUAUCCCACAGCCAUUCGAGAUGACCAUCAGGGAAUCCAUGAAAAAGGAGAUGAAUGUCAAGUCCAAAUCAGAAAUUGAGAUGGAAAACAAUUUAUUGAAGAAGAGACUCGAGGAAGAGGUAGAAUGUGAAAAGAAAUUUCGAGCAAACCCCGUGCCUGCUUCGGUUUAUCUCCCUCUGUACUAUGAGAUAGUCGAAAGAAAUGAGGAACGACGGAAUUUCGUGAAGGAAAGAAGCAAGGAUAUACUUCUAGCAUCUCAAAAACCAUUCUCGUUUACUGAGCGAGAACAACGCAAGAAACAAGACGGGAAGAUCCAACUUAUUGAUCUCCCGGAUUCAGUUCACAACGUUAAGCAUUUUAAAGCAAAGCCAGUCCCAAAAUCUGUCUAUGGAACCUCUGUUAAUGAAAGGUUUAAAGAAAAAGAACUUUAUAGGCAGAUUAGGAUAAAUAUGAGAUCUCAAGAACUUCUGCGCGGGUCUUCCUAUCCUACCAGCACAUUAGCCUGUAAGAGUAGUAAAAGAAGUAGAACAUCAAGAAGUCAAGAACCUAAAAACAAUGAAAGCCAUGGGCCAAAGAUCAAUGAUCAAGCACCUAAUUUUAAAGUUCUACAUGAAAAUCACCAGAAACGCCUCCUAAAAAAUAAAGACACAAAACAUGUAACCAUUUGUGUCCCCUUUCAUUUACGUACUUCGGACAUAGCAUCACACAAGGGCAAAAUCCUGAAAGACAUAGAAACAGAUGAAGAAGUGCUUAAGGAGGCUCGUUGGCCGUAUAAAUCUCCCAGGAACAAGUUAUGGAAACAUUUUGCAGGGUUAUCUCCAUGCGAUGAGGCUCCAGUUAUCUCUCCGAGAUCCACAGAGUCUUCAAAGAAGAGAGCGAAGGCUAUUAGGAAAAGCCAAAAACAGAGGACAAAAGAGUACAUGCAAGAGCUGGGUGCAAUGAACGAAAGGGUCUCCCAGACACCACUCUUAUUGGAGAGAGCCACUCAGAAAAAUGCUCGACUGUGUGCUGAGAAGCACUAUUCUAACGUGCUCAGAGAUCUCGGUUUAUGUGAUGAUUUUGUGUCUCUGAAAGGGCAAACUGGUGCUCUACGGGGCCCUGGAAGUACGAAGGAGGACAGCGUAGAUGAUGAAGACAGGAGUUCUGAAGGAACAUUGGAAAUAGAGGAUUUACUGGAACAUGGUGAAGACGACGAGGACCAGAGAAAUCAGUCUGAGGAUGAGAAAUAUCGAGAGUACAGUCCUGAUGAAGACCACGUUGAUGAGGACAUGUAGUAAGGUUUAUCUUACCCAGUCCAGUCACCAAAUUGUAUUGUGUAUGAUCACUCCAUAAGUAUUUAAUCAUGACUGGUAAAUCUGAUGGAUUCAUAUGGUAAACAGCUUCGGUGAGACCGCACAGUGCGGUGGUUAACCACUUUAAAAAGAAGAAAUUAUUGGAAUAGACAAUAUGAAGAUUUUGCAGAUGUUGAUAGUUUCACUGUGCCGCUAUACUUUUGUAUAUAGAGAAAGCAUCAGCUGGCCAUAGACACAAGAUAGCGUCAUUCCUCAACUCCCUAGGUAACUGUCUUUCACCACUGGUACCGCUUAUCUCAGGAGAA